AUGGCCUCCAACCACAACGACAACCCGUGGGCGGACCAAGGAAACCAGCAAGGCCAGACCAACCAAAGCCACAAUCCCUAUCAAGCCUACCAACCAGCGCAAGACCCGCCUCCGAAUCCGUAUGCUCAACAGCCACCCCCAAAUCCGCUAGGCCAACAUCCUCCCCAAGAGCCGUAUGCGCAAUACCCCCCUCAACACCAGGAUACCUCUCCAUGGAGCCAAGAGCCAAGCCAAGCCCAAUCGCACAACCCAUUCAUGCAGUCCCAACCCCAUGGGUUCUCUGAGCAACCCUACCAUGAGCAACAACAGCCUCAGCCUUCUUAUCCAAAUCAGUCUUCCUACCCUGGACAAGAGGAAGUCCCACCAGGUCUUCCACCUCGUCGCACAGCUACGGAGAUGGCACUUCCCACCGGACAGGACCGCUCCCACCAAAUUGAGGUCAUGCAGAGUUACGAGGCAGCAGGAAGAAAAGACGAUGAUGACGAUAACGUCGAAGUGCUCCAACGCGAAUUCCCGAAAAUCGAUGGAAGUCUGAUCGCGGCGAUCUACGGAGAUACCAAGAGCUUGAGUGCGACAAGAGAGAUGUUAGGUGAGCUGGAGUGA